AUGCCGAUGCCCGUCCCUCGUCUUCAGCUAUGGCGGCCUCCUGGCAUGCCCGCGUCGCCACGGCCGAGCUCGCUGCGAGAUCCUGGUAGGCCACCUUGGGAGGGGUCUGACGAUUUGCGGUGUGGGUGUAUUUUUUUGUUUUCGCCAGGUGUCGUAGCUAACCCUGAUUGGUUUCUUCCCCUGACGAAGAGCUCCAGCUUCGAGGACUUCCAGAGGUACACAGCUCAGCUCUCCGACGCGUGUCCAGAGCCGUGUGCAGCUCGGGCUUUGGAUGUCCCGUCGCCACGGCAGUUACGGCCACCAGAGGAGUGCCGCACAUCCAUCGAGGGCGACGAGUGUUACCAGAAGGUUGUAUGGGCGAUGAGGGCGGGCGUCGUUGCGAACCCUGCCUGGUACGCCCGCUCGGGCCUGACAAGGAACUCCACCUUCGAGGACUUCCAGCGGCACCUCCACGGUACAGCCAGGCUCUCCCACGUGUGCCCCGAGCCUUGUGCAGCGGUGGCGCCGCAGGGGUGCCGCACAGCCGUCGAGGGCGACGCGUGUUACGAGAAAGUUGUAUGGGCGAUGCAGAAGGGCGUCGUGGAGAGGCCAGGCUGGUAUCCUUCCCUGACGAAGGACUCCAGCUUCGAGGACUUCCAGCGGUUCCUGCACGGCGAGGCCCGGCUCUCCCACAUUUGCCCCGAGCCUUGUGCAGCGCAGGUUUCGGAUGCUCGGCGACCAGUACCAGCACCAGCACCAGAAGAGUGCCACACAUCCGUCGAGGGCGACGCGUGUUACGAUAAGGUUAUAUGGGCGAUGCAGAAGGGCGUCGUGGAGAGGCCAGGCUGGUAUCCUGACCUGACGAUGGACUCCAGCUUCGAGGACUUCCAGCGGUUCCUGCACGGCGAGGCCCGGCUCUCCCACAUUUGCCCCGAGCCGUGUGCAGCGAAAGCGCUACCAGCGCCACAGGAAUGCCACACAGCUGUCGAAGGUGACACGUGCUACAAGAUGGUGGCGUGGGCGAUGCAGACUGGUAUCGCCGAGAACCCUGAUUGGUUUGCCCCUUUGACGAAGGACUCCAGCUUCGAGGACUUUCAGCGGUACACAGCCCAGCUCUCCGACGCGUGCCAGGAGCCAUGUGCAGCGCAGGCGUCGAAAGCUCGGUUGCCGGUACCAGCGCCAGCACCGGAGGAGUGCCGCACAUCCAUCGAGGGCGACGAGUGUUACCAGAAGGUUGUAUGGGCGAUGAGGGCGGGCAUCGUGGCGAACCCUGCCUGGUACGCCCGCUCGGGCCUGACAAGGAACUCCACCUUCGAGGACUUCCAGCGGCACCUCCACGGUACAGCCAGGCUCUCCCAUGUGUGCCCCGAGCCUUGCCCAGCACGGGAGGCCACAGAGCGGAUCGAGGCAUCGGGGAGGCCAGGAACUCCGUCACCCACCAUUUAUUACAUACCCGAGGCGGACCUGCUCGCGGCCAGCUAUUCUGGUUACGAGCAGACGGGCCGCAACUGCCAGUGCGGAAAUGCAAUCAAGGAGUUCUCCCAGGAGCACCAGACUCUAGAUUUGUGCGCGUACGAGUGCACCUUGUACGAGCAUUGUUUGUCCAUCGGCCUCCAUUCCGCGGAGUCCGUUUGGUUUGGCACGUGCAUUCUGUACGAUGCGCUUUGCGAUGACACAAACGGAGACGACGCCAACACGACUUGCGCCAAUCCGACCCCGACUGGGUCCGUCAGCGUCAAUUUUAACAGGGUGCUCGGUGCCUGCGAUGUCACGAACGGGUCUUCCCCGAGCUCCACGUAUCCAUGCUUUUGCGGAUCCGACCUCUGUGGGACCAACGAGAUUUGCUCCACGGAUUCGUGUGCACCGAUGGAAUACUUGAUGGUGGAGUGGCCGUGUUCGGACCCUGGGAUCGUUAGCCCGUAUUUCGUCCUUUCUGGGAAUACCACGGCCGGAGCGCCGACCUAUACAAACUAUGAGGGCGUCUACCUCUAUUGGGAUGCCUCGUGCAACGGGAGCGAGGGUCAAAAUGCGGAUCGGUGGAUCAUUGACAACGACGAGCCGAACACGUCAGUUUCCAUGGAUCUGGACUCCGACGGGGCCUGCGUGUACAUCGGGCACAACCAGUCUUCACUGUCUGGCGGCGCUCCCCUGGGAAGCUCCAUCUGGGACGUCGUGUGCAGCGGCGAAGAGGUGCAAGCGACGGUGACGAUCACAUACCUGGCGAGCUUGCCGCCUGGGGCCCUCCCGACCCCGCAGCCCACGCUGGACCCCGGGGUGCCGUGCACGUGCGAGAGCCGCUGCGGUGCGUUCACGUGCUACGACCUGGACGUCGACGGCUGCAUCGUGGCCGGGGAGGCAGCGCACGUGGACGGGCUCGCGGAGCAUUUCGUCGGGAUGGACACGGAUGGUGACGGCUGCGUGAACCAGACGGAGUGCGCGGCCUACUCCGACUUCGACCUGCCCAGCUGCCCCGUUGAGCCCCCGGUGGCUUGUGAUUUCGGCUACUACGCCACCCACGGGACAUCCGUGUGCGUGCCGUGCGUGACGGGAGAGACCAGGCGCCGCCGCUCCUCGGAGUGCACCGAGUGCCCCAACGGGACGACGGACGCCGGGGACUUCGACAACUGCAUCUCGGGGGCUUACCUCGUCGAGCCCAUGGCGGUUGGCACGCCUUGGAUGACCCUCAAUCGGAACAGCGACGAGUUCGGGUUUGAGUUCCAGGUGGGCGACGAAGUCAUCAUCAGGACGCGCAACCCUGACUAUUUCGAGAGGUUCACCAUCAUCGGGCUGGUCUCCAACCCCGACGGGACGUUCACCUACGAGCUCGACCAGACGACGCCCGUCGAGUUCAACAUCUACGACCCAGUGCACGUCGCGUGCACCCGGACAACCGGGGGCAGCUACCCGAACCUGCAGAUGUGCGGGUGCGGCGUCGACGACUGCGGUCCCGGGUACUGCUGCCAGGCACCCGCCGACCCCACCAGCGGGACGGACGGAACGUGCGUGGUGUGCACCUCCCCGACGCCGGCCCCGACGGUGUCGGCCGUGGGGGACCCGCACUUGGUCAACCUGCAGGGGGAGCACUUCGACGUCAACCACGGGGGCGAGUUCACCCUGCUGCGGGUUCCCCAGGCUGCCAGCAUGCCCGCGGAGAUCGAGCUGAGAGCCACCAUCCGCCCUGAGCACGGGAAGCCGUGCACCACGUACAUCACGGAGGUGGAGCUCUCGGGCACCUCGCUGGGCGGCAGGGUCGUGCAGGUGCGCUCAUACCUGGCGGGGGCUGGCGGCGAAGCCAGCAGGUUUCUGGGCCUCCGGGUGAUGAGCGCCGCCGCGCGCGCCUCGGCCGCGGACGACGUCCCGUGGGUGAGGCUGGAGGACUGGACCGACAUGCCCUACUUGCUCGCGAAGCCCCAGGACAAGGGGGGCUUCAGGCUGACGCUGUCCAAGACGCAGUGGCGCAGCAAGAAGGAGGUCUCCAGGGACGGCGCGUCGAGCGUGGCAGGGCAGGUCGAGGUCCGGGUGCAGAGGGGCAAGUUUAACCAGUCAACAAAGCUCGUCAUGCGCCAGGACCUACCCAUGCAAGAGCACCUGAACCUGGCCGUGAGGCAGCUGAGCGCGCUCGGACGCUCGGACAUCGGCGGCCUGCUCGGCUUCGACCCGCACCCAGAGUCCCUGGAGGAAGUCACGACAGAGUGCCAGCGCCACAGGCCGCAGGGCCCCCACGUCAAGCCGGCCUGGAAGACCCGCUGGGAGAGGAUCAAGGAGCAGCGCAGCCGCGCCGCGCCCCCCGACGGGGCCAUGAACGACAACGAGGCGGCCGCCAGCCUCCUCGGCAGCAGGGGCAUGAUGUGCGUGUGCGCCGAGAGGGCGCACGAGGAGGGCCCCGCGGGCGACGGCGACGCCGAGGGCGUCCUGGCCGAGUUCCAGACCGGCCGCCUCGCGGAGGAGCCGGACGAGGAGCCCGCGCCCACGGGGCGGGCCGCCGGCACGGGCGCCCCCGCGGGAGGCCUGGCGGCGGCGGCGGCCCUGCACCUGCGGCUUCCAGGCGUCCGCCGCGACCGCACGGACCAGUUCAGGAGAAUGCGAGAAGUGUCGAUGCCCCCGCGGCAGGCGUCGGCAGGCGGCCGCCCGGGCGACGCCGCAGACGGCGAGCUCGAGGCCUUCUCGGCCGCCCUGGCGGACCUCCACGAGCGGGUCUCCGUGGCGUCCUCCUCGUUGGCUUCCAAGCUGGCCCAGCACAACGGCCUGAAGCAGUUCGGGGCCGAUUUCUCGGACCGGGCGCCGCCGCUCGAGCUGCGCGUGCUGCUGCCAGAGCUCGAGGCCGCCAUCGAGCAGCUGCUCGACGCCCUGUGGACCCUCGGCACACAACUGCGGCUGCUCGCAGCCCCCGGCGCCGGAGCCCGCCACGCCGAGUUGCGCGGCGCGCUGCUGCAGCGGGUCGCGGACGUGCGCCAGGAGGCGCAGGCGACUUUCGACGCCCAGAGGAGCAAGGUCCGCGAGUUGGCUGUCGCCUCGCCCCUGCUGUCGCCCAUGAUCGCCCCUGGGCUCGGGCGGCGCCUCGCCGGCGCGAUGAGCUCGCCGCAGCACUCGUACGCGGAGCCGUUCAAGGGGUGGUCCCCCUCAACCGUGUCGACGAUGUCGCACGUCUGCUCGAGCAGGACUUCGUUGGUCACCCCGAGGCGCGGCAUCUACGAGACGGAGGUGAUGAACGAGCUGGAGGACUUCGUCCUCGACGAGAUCAGCGAGGACGAGUCGGAGCUCGAGGGGGCCGCGCCGCCGUUCUCCUCGGUGUUCGCCGCGUCGGCCUCGUGCGGCAGGGCCUCGCCGUGA